ACUUCGUUCCCGAAUUACAAUAUGGCGGCGAUAUGUUAGUCUGUUGACGUAGUCGCUAGCUAACACCUAGCCCGCUAAAUUACCUACAAACACGCUGUUUUAAUAUCCUGCGGAUAACUGUGGCUUUAAUUUAAGUGUAUUGGUUGACUGCAGUGCUAUUGUUCAAACGGUUUUAAUCGAGAAAAUGAAUUACACCACGAAGGUGGUCCAGGUGACGAAUGUGUCGCCGAGCACAACAUCGGAACAGAUGCGAACACUGUUCGGUUUUUUGGGAACCAUCGAAGAACUGAAGUUAUUUCCACCAGAUGAUUCUCAGAUGCCGGUGACAUCGCGGGUGUGCUUUGUGAAGUUCCAGGAGCCAGAGUCUGUUGGAGUAUCCCAACAUCUGACUAACACCGUUUUUGUGGACAGAGCAUUGAUUGUGGUUCCGUUUGCUGAAGGAUCUAUUCCAGAUGAGGCUAAAGCUUUGUCUCUGUUGGCGCCAGCAAACGCUGUUGCAGGAAUUCUGCCAGGAGGAGGACUUCUUCCAACGCCCAAUCCCAUCUCUAAUCCUGGGAUGGGAGGUAACCCUUUCGGUGUUCCGAACAUGGAUGCGAUGGCUGCAUUUGGAUUCCCAGGACACAAUAUGAAUCCCCAGGCUGCAGAUCAGCUGUUAAAGUUCAUGACGGAUCCAAAACUGAAUCCUUUGGCUGCAGGCUUAAACCUGAGUGCAAGCCUGAAGGCUGACGCAUCUAAUAAAGAAAUCGAAGAGGCCAUGAAGAGAGUCAGAGAGGCUCAGUCGCUCAUUUCUGCUGCUAUUGAACCUGGAAAUAAGGAGAGCAAAAAGAAGCGCUCUCGGUCCAGGUCCAGGAGGAGGCGGUCCAGAUCCCGUUCAAAACACAGGCGAACCAGGAGCAAAUCACGGCGACGGUCAAACUCCAGAAGCAAGAGGCGCUCCAAAAGCCCCCGCAGGAGACACACCGACUCCAGAGACCAAAGCAAGCGAUCUCCGAGCAAAUCCAGAGAUCGAAAGAAAGACGAUUCGGGGAGAAGAAGAUCCAAAACACCACCUAAAAGCUACAGCACAGCCAGGAGGUCACGCAGCGAGGACCGGAGACGCAGGAGAAGUCGAAGCAAGACCCGAUCUCCUCCUAAAAGGAAGUCUCCGUCUCCUCGAAGACACAAGAAGGAAAAGAAGAAGGAUAAGGAAAGAGACAGAGAGCGCAGGAGUGAUAAAGAGCGCAAUCGUGAGGAACGCGAACGCUCCAUCAGCAAGAAAAAGAAAAGUAAAGACAAAGAACGAGAGCGGGACAGGGAGAGGGACAGGGAGAGGAAAUCUGACGGAGAGAAAGGAGAUGUGAAGGUCAGCAAAAUCACCAGGGAUUAUGAUGAGGAAGAACAAGGCUAUGACAGCGGGAAGGAGAGGGAGGACAGGAAAGAUUCUGACGACUCUGCUUUGUCUCCUCAGUCUGUAGAAGGUAACGGCACAGCACGGCCUGUGAAGCAGGCCAAAGUUAACGGCGCUGACGAUCACCAUGAAGAAGAGGACAUGGAUGUCAGUGAUUAGGUGGUCCGUCCUUCUUUGUCCCUCGUUUACCCUCUGUUUUGGUUGUGAAUGUUACAACUUUUUUUUUCCCCCCCACUGGGGUAAAUCUAAAAUGUGAAGUGAGCGUCAAAUGUAUUGAUUUUUCGCACAGAAGAGUCGGCAACUUUUUAGCAAAUGUACAAUGCAGAAUUGACAUUUUUGCAGAGAGUUGGCCUUGAUGACAUUGUCACAUUGCUUUAAAGUACCCACAUGCUUUUUUUGCCUCUACAAUCGUAGUCGGUUAAAACUGGAAGUAGGCUUGCUUUGCUUUUCUAGAGCUUGUGUUGUCAGGUUUUGUCACUUUUUUCACAUAUUGUAUCUUUUACAUUUUAUUUCUUUUUGUGUUGUGGUGUUGUUCAGGCCUCUUCUUCCACUUUCUCAAAACAGUUAAUACAUUUGUUUCUUGUUAUUUGAAAGUGUUGAUUGUUUUAUCAAGGAUUUCUUUUAUAAUAAAGCCUAUUUGGAGAACCAA